GCGAGAAGGAAGAAUUUCGCGGGAAUUCGUCGGUUGAAAUAGCAUCUGACAGGGUUGUCUUUGUUAUCAAAAUCGAUAAAAUUUCUAAUAAAGAAAAAAUGCCACCAAAGAAAAGGAAUCCAGAUAGCAAGGGAAAUUCCCAAGCAAAACGAAGGAAGAAGAAAAAUGAUGAUAUUGAAGAGUUUGAUGAUCUAGACUCCGGUGGAGAAAUGGACCACAACACAAACAAUGGCACGGAAACAGAUGAAACUUACGAUGUUACUCUAGAGGGAUCAAUGCUCACUGGGGAACUGCUGAUCAGUGGUGGAACAAACUGGGACCUGAUAGGAAGGAAAACUGUGCCAAAAGGAGCUAAGAAUGCAGGUGGUCCCAAUCUCUGGCGUCCACACAGGAUAUGUAAUAUGCUGGGAGUGAAGGUUAGAUCUGCUAUAUCUGGGUGUACAGCUUGUCAUAGUGUCAUCAUCACAGCUGAUGGAAAAGCUAUGACUUUUGGUAGAAAUGACUGUGGUCAGCUUGGACAAGGUGACACAAACAGAAAGGACCUACCCACAGAAGUACCACUCCUAGAGGGACUCAAUAUUGUAGACGCAUGUUGUGGCAAAAACCACACUUUGUUUCUAACAGACAAAGGUCAUGUGUAUGCAUGUGGAGACAACAAAAUGGGACAAUUAGGCUUAGGGCACCAGAGCAGCACAAUUCUGGUUCCAACGAAGAUAUCAUACAAAGGCCCUCCAAUCAGAAAAGUAGCUGCUGGAGGGGAAUUUUCUAUGAUAGCAGACAUAAGAGGGAAUCUGUACUCCUUUGGGUGUCCAGAAUAUGGUCAAUUAGGUCACAACACAGAUGGGAAGUACUUUGUUACUAGCAAUAAGAUGUCAUUUCGAUGUGAGACACGACCAAGGAAGGUCAACGUCUUCAUAGAGAAGGCUAGGGAUGGUCACAUUGUACCAAUAACAGAUGUAGAAAUCAGGGAUCUGGUGUGUGGCAUGAAUCACACGGCAAUCAUAGAUUCUAAGAAGAGGGUCUUUACUUGGGGGUUUGGAGGAUAUGGUCGGCUUGGACAUGCUGAACCCAAAGAUGAAAUGGUUCCGCGUCAUUUGAAAUUCUUUGAUGGUCCUAAUAGAGGAGCAACCCAGAUAUAUGCAGGCUCAACUUUCACUUUGGCUACAAAUGAAUUUGGUGCAUUAUACAUGUGGGGAAUAAAUAAGUCUGUGGGAGAGGCAGCUAUGUAUCCAAAACUAGUCCAGGACCUCAGUGGCUGGAGAAUCAGAAGUGUGGGAUGCUGCAAUAAAAGCAUCCUGGUAGCAGCAGAUGAGAGUUUAAUAUCCUGGGGGCCAAGUCCUACAUAUGGAGAGCUGUGUUAUGGAGAAGACAAGGCCAAAUCUUCCACCACUCCUCAGGAAGUUAAAACGCUAUAUGGUGGAUAUGUGCAGGCUGUCGGCUGUGGGUAUGGACAUGCACUGCUUAUUCUUCGAGCAGACUCUGAGGAUGACAAAGGGAAGAUUGAAAAAGUGAAUGUCUUUAAGCCAUAACUGGCUCCCAUCAAAGGAAAUAUACAUUUGAUCAUGUAAAUAAUCUUAGUUACUGAACAAAACCAUUGAAUCAUAUUGAUAUUGAUUGCACAUUUGUUCUACCUCCUCUUGGUAUAGACAAAACCUUGCAAUAAUAAUUUAAAUUUUAGAUAAGUCUGUAUGUGUAAUGUUGUCCAUAAAAGAGUUAGUGUUCCUAUUUAUCGUCUUUUUGAUGAUGUCUUUUUUCCAGUAUUAAGAAAAAGUGGUGCACAAGUGAAAAGUCUUUUAUAUUCUUGCAUAAUUAUUUUUAUUGUUUAAAACAUAAUGAUUAACUUUGGAAGAUUUAGUACAAAGAAGACAUGGGGGGGAUGUUUUUGUCAGGAUUGAAAGAAUGACCUCUGAAAAUUACACUGUCUCUUAUUAUUAUUAAUUAAAUAGCAAUUCAAACAAAUGAAAUUUUUAUGAUUAACUAUAGAGAAAUGUGAUAAAAAUUAUUCUGAAUAUUUAUGUGUAGAUUUCUAUUUUGCAAAUUAUUCAAUAAAUUUUACAUUUUUUUUCUAACUACAGAUCAUAUAACCUGCAUGUACUUAUAACUUAGGUACCGGUAUUUGAAAGAAGGUGCUUUUAAAAAGCAGUGGCGUAUCAAAAAUUUUAGUAGAAUAUUGAGGGAUAUUUGUAUUAAAUCCUUGCUUCGUUGUGUAUUGUCAGUAGAUUUUUAUAUACACAGGCAUAGGAAAGUCAAUAGUCUUAAUGCUUGUUCUUUUUCUCUUCAUACAUGUAGAAUCACAAUUCACUCUGUUUCUUAUUAAUUUAUCUGCUGAUUUCUUAUAUGAAGAUUUUAUUUAAAAAGUCAGGGAUAUAUGUACAAUUAAAUCAUUCU